AUGUCCGCCCAAAAUAGCAGCUUCUAUGGGCGCAUUAACUCGGCCAUUACGGGUGGUUUUGAAGAUGACAGUAGUGCUACUGCAGUGCAAAAUCGAACGAACAAACCUCAAGACUCUUCAUCGAGUAACACAGCUCAGUCUCAAGCGUACGAUACAGCCCCUGUACCAUCAACACAAGCCCAUUUUCGCUAUCAACGUCCUUCUUUUCUCGAUGAAUUUGACUUUACUGCAGAGUAUCUUCGCGAUAUAGUUGUCGCUCAUGGGUUUACUUCUGCUUUGUCGCCUCGACAAGGCUAUCAUCCUACCCCCGCGUCUAUCCUCAACUUUGCAGACUUCGACCUUGAGAAUACAGGUACUAAGAUUUCCGAUAUCAGACACAACAAUACUUCAUCCAAUGGACAACCAAGAGCUAGGACCGCCGCCCUCGCAUCAUCUUCGUCUUCGUCCUCUGCAAGCCCGUACCUUGAUCUGCCCGAGUCACCGGACAGUGAUGCUGUGACAGUAAGCGCAAUAGGCGGCCGAGAGUGUCUUGCCUGUAGCGACAUGAAAGCUCCAGAUUCUUUUCCAGAUUUUGUCACCUCGAAAUGCACGCACACUCCUUCUAUAUGUUUGGAUUGCAUGGUGCGAUCAAUCCAAGUGGCCAUAAAGACUGAAUACUGGAACGAAAUCAGUUGCGACGAGUGCAAAGAAAGACUAGAACAUAACGACAUUCAACGCCUUGCCGAUGAACAGACAAUUUCCAAAUACGAAAGACAGGCGCUUCGAGCUGCUGUGGCAGACGAGGAGAACUUCUUUUGGUGUACCUCUGACUGCGGCUCUGGACAGAUCCAUGACUCUGGGUCUGCUCAACCCAUCGUAGUUUGCAUUAAAUGCAAUCAUCGCUCAUGUUUUCGCCACGGAGUCAACUGGCAUGAAGACUUGUCUUGCGACGAGUAUGAUCGGCUUCAAGAGGAUCCAGAAUUCCGUAGCUAUAUGGAACUGGAAAAUGAAAGGUGGGAGGAGGCUCAAGCAGCUCAAGAAGAGGCAGAUUUGGACGUCGCUCGCAGGUUGGACGCCGAAGAAAAUGCUGAAAUUGGGCGCCAAGAGGCACAAGAUCGGAGAGCGAGAGAGCGAGAACGGGAGCGAGAACGGGAACGAGAGCAAGAGCUAGAGAGACUGAGGAACCAAGAGAGGCAACGAGAACGAGCACGUGAAAGGCAGAGAAACCAGGAGAGGCAUCAAAAGCUAGAGCGAGAAACAAAGGAGAGGCAACGAGCCCGAGCACGCGAGAGACAGAGGAAUCAGGAGAGGCAACGAGUGCUAGAGCAAGAGAACCAUAAGAGGCAACAAGAACAAAAACGAGAGAAUCAGGAGAGGCAGCGAGAGCUGGAACAAGAGAGGCGGAGGAACCAGGAAAUGCAACGACAACUAGAACAAGAGAGGCAUCAGAGGCAACGAGAGCAGAAUGCAGCAGAAGAAAGGCGCAUAAUUGCAGCCAGAAGGAGAGAAGAAGAGGCAAAGAGCAACGCAACAUUGAGAACUACAACAAAACCAUGUGGAGGAUGCGGAUGGGCUAUCGAGAAGAGAUCCGGCUGGUAA